UCUGUGUCUCACACUUCGCCGGCUCGUCGCCUCGCGCCUCUAUAAAACGCGGCCCCCGCUCAUCCCCACCCAUCCAUCGCAAAUCCACAAACAAGAAGAACCAGCUGAAAUCACUCGUCCAAGAACACCACACCACCAGUCCACCACCACAAGUAGAGAUUUCGUCUUGGAGAGCCACCACCAAUGGCUUGUUCCACUGCAUCUUUAGCGGCGACGCUGCUGGCGUUGGCGCUGAUGUUCCAGGCCUCCCUCGCGGGGAGGAGGCUCACCGCGCUCGUGCAGGAGCCGGCCAUCACCAUGAAGUACCACAAGGGCGCGCUCCUGACGGGCCCCAUCGCCGUCAACUUCAUCUGGUACGGCGACUUCUCGGCGCCGCAGCGCGCGGUGAUCACCGACUUCGUCUCGUCUCUGUCCGCGCCGCCGGCGGCGGUGCGGCCGGAGCCGUCCGUGGCCACGUGGUUCAAGACGGCGCGCAAGUACUACGCCAGCUCCAAGGUGCGGUUCCCGGCGCUUCGCCUCGGCUCCCACGUCGUCGACCAGAACUGCUCCCUCGGCAAGCGCCUCACGGAGAGGGACCUCCUCAGGCUCGCCGCCAAGGGUGGCCCGAGCCGCGCCAUCAACCUGGUCCUCACGGCCGCCGACGUGGCCGUGGACGGGUUCUGCAUGUCCCGGUGCGGCACGCACGGCGCGUCCCCGCGGUCCCGCUCCGGCCGGUUCGCGUACGUGUGGGUGGGCAACCCGGCGUCGCAGUGCCCCGGGCAGUGCGCGUGGCCGUUUCACCAGCCCGUGUACGGCCCGCAGGCGGCGCCGCUCACCCCGCCCAACGGCGACGUCGGGGUCGACGGCAUGGUCAUCUCGCUGGCGUCCAUGAUCGUCGGCACGGUCACCAACCCGUUCGGCAACGGGUUCUACCAGGAGGGCUCGGCUGACGCGCCGCUGGAGGCCGCAACGGCGUGCGCCGGCGUGUACGGCAAGGGCGCGUACCCCGGCUACGCGGGCUCGCUGCUGGUGGACCAGGCUAGCGGGGCCAGCUUCAAUGCCAACGGGGCCCAUGGGAGGAAGUACCUGGUCCCGGCGCUCGUGGACCCGGACACGUCGUCGUGCGCCACAUUGGGGUAGAUUUCGCUGGUCGUAAUUAACGGUUGUGAUUGUGAUGAGGCGGUGGUGAUGGGGUGUGGAGAGUGUUCCACGCGGCUAAAAUUUGUACUUUGUAGUAGUGUCCAUGGUGGAUUCUUUCAUUGGUUCAAUGAAAAUGAAAUAUUUUCACGCA